AUGCAAAUGCUAUAUGACGAUAUAUCUUGGGAACAAAGCGACGCGGUCUUUGACGCUUUUAAAAAGAAAGCGUCGAGUCCGGACGUUCUGAUGGCGAUCACCGAAUUUAUGGCAGAGAAAUACCCGUCGUCUCGGCCCAACGAUCGUGCUCGAAUAAUAGGCGUUGGUGCCUUUAAUUUCUGCUACCGCAUGGAGUUCGAUGAUGGAUUUGCCUCCCUUCUGCGCCUCGCGUCCCCCGGACGAAGCAUGUUUCCAGAGGAGAAGACCGAAGCAGAGGUUGCUGUUAUGCGCUUCAUCAAAGCAAAUACCAGCAUUCCUGUUCCAAAUAUCCUUGACUGGGGUAUGCAAGCUCCCUGUGAGAUGGGCCCGUAUAUCCUAAUGGAGUUCGUCAGCAGUGCAUCCAACCUUACGGCAAAGUUGAGGAAACCCGGCUAUGCUAGAGAAGACCGGCCAAUGCUUAACCCCGAUAUUGAUGAACCGACUUUAGAGCUCUUGUAUGGGCAGAUGGCAGACAUCAUGCUUCAGCUGUCCAGGCAGUCCUUUAGCAAGAUUGGCUGCCUGGCUGCUGGGCCUGACGACUGGGUUGUCACGAAACGUCCCUUGACGAUGAAUAUGAACGAGCUUGUCCAACUCGGCGGCUACCCCAAGAAUGCGCUGCCGUCAUCUACGUUUGCAUCCACAUCUGACUAUCUCUAUAGCCUCGCUGAAUCUAACUAUACACAUCUAUCUACACAGCGUAACGAUGCCAUACAGUCGGAGGAGGAUUGCCGCAACAAAUACACCAUCAGAAAGAUACUGCUUAAACUCGCAGAAAAGUCAAAGCUUACGUGCGAGGAUACUCCGGAUCACCGCGAGUUCAAGCUUUUCUGUGACGAUCUCCGGCCAACAAAUAUACUUCUCGAUGAGAACUCCAAGGUCGUCGCCGUGAUUGACUGGGAAUUUACGUACACUGCACCCUCCGAAUUCACAUACAGCCCUCCAUGGUGGCUACUUUUGGAGACACCAGAAGACUGGCCGUCGGGGAUAUCGGACUGGGUGGCCACUUACGAUUCACGACUUAAGAUCUUUCUUCGUGCAAUGGUGUCUCAUGAAGAUAUCGCGAUUCGCGAUGGACGACUAUCUGAGGAAGAGCGACUCUCGGAAAGGAUGUAUAAUAGCUGGAACAGUGGUGCUUUCUGGGUAAAUUACGGUCUACGAAAAAGCUGGGCUCUAGACAUCAUCUGGCCCUACAUUGACCGAAAGAUAUUCGGCGGGGAAGAAACACACGAGCAGAGAAUAGCCUUGCUUGCGAGUAGAAUCCAAUUCACCGACGAUGAGCAUAAGGAAAUGGAUGCCUUCGUUCAACGAAAGCUAAGGGAAUCCGAGACUAGGGCGCAAAACGAGUGGGAUAAAAGUAACUGGCCUCAAGCCGGUGAUGUUUCUCAGAUGCGGUGA